UAAACACACGUGAUCCCAGCUACCCAAUAAGAGGCCGCGGGGCUCACCCGCUUCGUGAGAGGCGGGACAAGGGGGCGGAGCGUUUCACCCACGUGACCGUGCGGUCGCUGUUUGGAGCCAUGGAGGAAUAUGCCCGGGAGCCCUGCCCAUGGCGCAUCGUGGAUGACUGCGGCGGUGCCUUCACCAUGGGGAUGAUCGGUGGGGGGGUCUUCCAGGCCGUCAAGGGUUUCCGGAACGCCCCCGUGGGCGUCCGACACCGGUUCAAAGGGAGCGUCAGUGCCAUCCGCAUCAGAGCGCCGCAGAUUGGAGGUAGCUUUGCCGUCUGGGGGGGCCUUUUCUCCACCAUUGACUGCGGCCUGGUGAAGAUGAGGGGGAAGGAAGAUCCCUGGAACUCGAUCACCAGUGGGGCACUCACGGGGGCUGUGCUGGCUUCCCGCAGUGGCCCGUUAGCCAUGGUUGGCUCAGCCAUGAUGGGGGGCAUUUUACUGGCCUUGAUAGAAGGAGUCGGGAUCUUACUCACCAGAUACACGGCCCAGCAAUUCCAGAACUCUAACCCUUUCGGUGAAGACCCCAGUCAGCUGCCCCUGAAGGACAGCCCAGCGCCUCCAGGAUACCCGGGCUAUGGACAAUACCAGUGAAGCUGCUUUGUACUUGGGGGGUCCCCUCUUUUUUGGGGGGGCAGCUGCAGCUAAUAAUUCGCCCCUCCCCCUUGCUGGUGCUCAGGAUGUGAUUCCAGCCGCUGGUCCUUCCAGUUCUUGGAUUCUCGCUGAAUAGGCCUGUUUCCCUCAUUGUGGAGGAGGGAGGGGUUUGCUGGGAGCCCUUCUAAUUUGCAUAUUGUCGGGGCGGGGGCUGGGGACUAUGGGGCAGGGGAUUGCUCUGUAUUUCCUGCUACGUUGGGGGGCGGGCUGUGGGGAUAUUGGACUACAGGAUAAAUUGGGGGAGUUGGCACCUGCUCUCAGUGGGGAGUCUCCUUUUUGGAGCUCACCUCCCAUUCUGUUUGGGGGUGGCUCCAUUUCCAGCUCGAAAAUGGAGUUCAAUACACCCCUGAAAGGGCAUGAGGGGCUGUAUCACCCCUUUUAGCUGGGAUGAAAUUUAGGGGGGCUGCAGGGUUGUAGAUGAGGGGGUGCUCCUGGCACUGUGCUGGGGGUGCCUAUCUUUUUGCAGCACCCCAAAACUUCUUGUGGCAGGGUGUCUUGUUGUUAGUGGCUUGCCUUGCUCCUGAGGUGGGGGGGCUGGGGGGGGAGGCAUCUCUUGGAAUGAAGCCAGGUGGGGCCUCUUGAAAUCGGUAUGACAGUGCACCCAUGGAUUAUGCUUCCCCGCUUGCCUGGCUGUGACCCCAAAAAGGGGCGUGAUCCCCACUUUCAUAACCAGUGAAUCCUGCUGUCCCCCCAAUCCAGCUGGGAAACUCCACCUUGGUGUGUAUCCCCAGCCUGUCCCAAUUAAGGUUACAUCCCCCUGCUAUCAGCCCCCUGAAAUCCCCAGUUCUGAGCCCAAUUUCACCUCUUUUAGUCUUUAUAUUUAAAGAUGUUUUUAAAGGUGUGUGACUUGC